UAUAAAUGACGGUGUUUCUUCAGUCUGUCACUGUUACAUAUUAUAACCUUUAGUUGCUUAAAGCAAGAGAGAGCUUCACAUUAUAUAAGAUGAAUUCCCUUUUCAGAGUUUCUUAUUGGCUGUUCGGGGCAAUACUGUUGGUGAUUCUAAUCUCAGCUUCAGCGCGUACAUUUAAAAAUUGUGCUGAGCUGCACAGAUCUGGUCAGAGAAUCAGUGGUAUUUAUACAAUCAAAACUGACAACUCAGAAGCCUUUGAUGUAUAUUGUGAUCAGACAACAGACGGUGGAGGCUGGACGGUGUUCCAGAGAAGACUAAAUGGUUCCGUCGAUUUCAACCGCAGUUGGUCUCACUACAAACAUGGUUUUGGAAGUUUCCUCGCUGGUGAAUUUUGGCUUGGACUGGAUAAGGUCCACCGGCUGACUCAAGAGAAGAAAAACAACACGCUUAGAGUGGAUCUCGGGGAUGAUUCUAAAAACAUCGUUUACGCUGAAUAUAAAUGGUUUGGAAUUGCGAACGAAGCGGAUAAGUACCGGCUGAACAUUGGCAAUUUGGCAAAAGCGAAUGUCCAUGAUUCUCUCAGUGAUCAUAAUGGCUCAAAUUUUAGUACUUGGAAUCAAAAGAAUUUCAACUGUCCUGGAAUAGUAAGAGAAAGCUGGUGGUACAAAGGCUGUUCUAUUAGUUCAAAUCUAAACGGAAUUUAUGGAUGGAAAGAAGACGCAAUUUAUGGAGGCAAAGAAGACGCAAAGAUUCAUUGGGGAAGAUUUGAUCUUAAAGAUCCUACUCGCGCUCCCAUAACAUCAGAGAUGAAAAUCAGACCUGCAAACUUCAAACGACGAUAA